UAUUGCACAACACAGGAGGUUGUGAAAUAAAAUUGAACGUUUGUUUCUGAUAUUGAAGUGUUGUACAAUAUAUUGUAUGAUAUCAAAAAAAUUAGAUAUUUAUUGUGCAACGCUCAUAAUAUUGCAUGGUCUACGGGCGACGUUGUGCAAUUGGUGUCAAUGAAUGUUAAAGUUUAUGUUUACAUUUGCAUCGUCUAGAGUGUAAAGUGAGUGUUCUCAUAAAAAACUUCACGGACUUUUUUUCGAGGACGUGUGAGUCGCGAUGGCCGUCAAAAACGCCGACAGGCAAUUUAUUCUCGAGUUUAUCGAGGUUUACCGUUCACUCCCGGCAUUAUGGGACAUCAAGUGCAAGGAUUACACAAACCGUCUAAAGAAAAUUGAACAGUAUGACGUGCUGAUAGAGAAAUACAGAGAAAAUGCUCCCGAUGCCGACAAACAAGAUGUUAUAAAAAAAAUUAAUUCUUUGCGGACCAACUUCCGGAAAGAGCUGAAGAGGAUUCGAGACGCAGAAAAAAGUGGUGCAGGUGCAGAGGAAGUUGAACCCACGCUGUGGUAUUUCGAACAAAUGAGAUUUCUUCAGAACCAGGAAACACCAACCGCUUCAAUCAGUUCGAUGAACCCGGUUCUAGAUUCUGGACACACUUAUUGUGAAGAUGCAGGGAUCGAGGUCAUUGACAAUAUAAAUUAUGGAGGAGCUUCUACAGAGAUCAAUACUCAACUUGGACCACUCAAGAAGAGAAAGAAAACAGGAAAUAUAACAGAUGAGCUGAUGGAACUGGCUUGCAAACGCCUCCAAAAAUCACCUGACGAUCACGAUACAAUAGCUGCAGCUUGGGGAGUAGAACUUAAAAAAAUGGAGCCCAUUCAGCAGAUGUUAGCGAAGAAGUUCAUCAAUGAAAUAUUAUUCGAGGGACAAAUGGGAACAUUACACCGUGACUCGGUGGUUAUCAAUAACCCCCCACGAUCGUUCACUCCAGUCAAUGUUGAAUAUAUCUCAUCACCCAGCCACCAAUACCUAGAAGUUGAUGAGCAGAACACGAAACCCCAUUUUGUUACUUUUCAAUAAAUAUAAAAAUUAUAAGAAGUCGUAUAUGUCAUAUAAGUUUUCAUAAAAUUCUUUAUUAUUAUUAUUUUUUUCAAUAAUGCAUUGUUACAUAAUAAUUGUUACAUAGAUAUGUAUAUGAAAAGGAGCUUACCUUUAUGUAUUCCUUGAGGCUGUUAAUCAGAGCCGCGCAGGUUUCUAUAACAAUGUGGCCAAUUGAUUGCGGUGAAACGGCAGCAGAAAACUUAAGAUCUUCGAAUGUAUUUCCUGUUGCGAGGUACCGUAAAGUUAUCGAUAAACGUUGACUUACAGGAAUAGCAUCUCGCAUAAUAGUAUCCUUUCUCUCAAUCUGAGGAGCAACCAAAGCCAGGAGUUCAUCAAACAUUCCAGCAUCCAUUCGGAUAAAGUUUCGAAAGUCAUUCGGCUCAGUCAUUCUGAGCUCAUUAAAUAACACUUCAUAAGUGUACUUCUCUCUGUUCAGCAACCACUGUUUGGCCCAUUUCCGAUGUUUUCGUUGCUUCUUUUUUUUUAAACUAUUGCUCACUGCGAUCAAAACACAGCUAAUAUCGGUAUCACUCAACAUAUUUCUAAUUUAACAUAAGACCUGUGUAUAGAAGGGACAAUUCCGAAACCUGUUUUCCUAUCAAACUUGGAACAGGCGGUAUAUAAACAAACAGACUUCUCAUACCAAUUGGACAGGGUUGCCAAUAAUACACGGAAAUGAAAUUCUACUAAAUGUACUUACGGUACAUACAGUUGAAGAAGUUUGAUGACAAGAAAUAACAGAAAAAUACAAUUUGUUGGAAAAUAUGUAAUAUUUUUGUAUUACACCAACAAAAUCUCACUAUUCAGAGAAUAUUUGUUUCGAAGAACAUAUUUUACUGGUGAGCGGCAAUAGUCUUCAGAAAGUUAAUAUUAUUUGGAAGCUAUGACAUCUUGUGCUGUUCGGCAUCCCUGUAUUUUCCUCUCUGCCAGUUGUCAGGUUCAAACAAGUGCUAGUGAUAAAAUAUUGAACGUCAGUAGCCACCCUUGUGCAAUAUUUAGCACAAACUUCAAUAUCAUCUCCAAAAGAUUCAAUUCCAUUGCACAAAUAUGACUGUGGCGCAAUAAUAUUGUACGUUUGUGGACAAUCUUCAAUAAUAAUGUCAAUAAAUUCGUACAAUAGUAUUGUGCGUGUAUGGGGCGCUAUAUACCGCUCCCCUAACCAACUUAAUGACGAAACGGCCUCACCUAGUACCAUAGACCCGUCUUGGUCGUAAUAAUGCAUUUGUGGUGUUUGGUGGAAUUGAAAUUGGGCUGAAAAUGGCAAGAUUAGCAUAUCUCGAAAAUAGGUUUGUGCUCAGCAGAUUUUUCUUAGUACAGAGAGCUGCCUCUAAUUCGACAUACUGAGAUACCACUCAGUGUCGCAUUAGAGGCGAUUGUGACCUGUAAUUGGACAUAACAACAAACACAACACAAUGUGAAAAACAAGUUAAAACAGGAAAAUCAUUGAAAAUCUAACAAAUAACCAUUAGGAAAGUGUGCAAAAUAUCUAAUCAUAGCGCAAGAGAGCGUUAUGAGACGAGUGGCGUUUAACUCGCGUAGUACGAUUUUAAAAAGUUUCAGUCAAUUCAUCUGCUUCGCUGAUGACGUAGACAUUGUCGGCAGAACACUUGAGACUGAGGAUCAAUGCGCCUUAACCCGAAUACAUGCUGGUUUUAGGAUCCGAGCGCGACAGUACCCGAUUAGAUAGUAGUGUAGUGAUCGACGGCAAUAAGUUCGAUGUAGUGGACCAAUUUGUCUAUUUUGGCACAAUAAUAUUUUAUUUUUGAUUCAACAUGUCAUUGAGAGAUUGGAUCUUCAAAAUUUUUCACUAAUAAACCAGAUCCAUGGCUGCAAUUCUUCGACUGGGCUUCAUUGCUUCUUUUUCCUACUGGAUUCGAUGCGAACACCAUCUUUGCAGGGCUGCUGUCCGACUAUCUUGCAAUAUGCCCUGCCUAUCGCACUCGUUCAGCCUUGGUGACUUUCUCAAAUAUGAUCCUUCAUGAAUGGCGUUAACGUUCCCUAUGGAACUUUUGCCGUCUCAACGUAAGCAUUAACUAGCGUCAUUUAUUAAUACUUAGUUGAGAUUUCUUAAGCCAAAUAACACGCCUUGAAUGUAUUCCGAGGGGCAAGCUCUAGAAUACGCGUGACAACAGUGCAAGUCGAAGGAAAUUUCUUUGACGAAAAAUCCUCCGCCCAGGACGGGAUUCGAACCCCGAACACCCGGCAUGAUAAUGUGAGACGCUAACCACUCGGCCACGGGUGCACAAAUAUGAUCCUACAGAAAUCAUUUCCCCCAGUGGCAUUCUUUUGUCUCUACGUGCUACCAAUCUCGACACAAACGAGACAACUCUGCUUCGAUUCGCACUCCUUGACACACAAGCCAACAAACCAGAACCGUCAUGUACGGUUUCGGUGCAGAAAGUUUAUUUUCUUCUUUGCCUCUAACAUACAUAUCGAACCUCUCCAUGCACCAUGAAACAGCAAGAUAAUACGGACUACGCAAAGCGAACGAUUCAUAUCCAACUAAUGUAGUAGAUCCUGAUCCAUAAGUCUCAAAGAGUGCAAACUCUAUAAUUAUUUAGCUAGAUAGAGGCUCAGGGAAGGGUAGUCAGAUAAUAUUUUUCAUUUUUAACGCUGUUAUCCCUUGAAAAAUAUAUACGCUGUGCUGCGGUUUUCGCUAAUGUAGAACGGGACGAUAUAUGCAGUUCAAACUUGUAUGUAGGCUACGAAAAUGGUGUGCGAUGUUUGGUACAGCUCGAAUACGCAAUCAACAGUCUCCGUUCCUCUCUUUGUUUUAUAAUAUAGUGUAUCACAAGUGAUUACUGUCAUUCAUACAAGUAUCUGAAUGAUCCACUCAUGUUUGGUUAUAUAUUCGUGAGAGGUUACUUGCAUGACACAUUGUGUAUCAUUCGAUAUUGAUAGAUAUCCAAACACUGGCAAUCAGUCCUGCUUCGUGUUUCAGUCGGGUGUACAAGUCUGCUACCGUCGCAUGUGUUCUUCCGAUUAUGUCCACGUGGUCGGCGAUGCAGAUAAACUGACUAGACUUGUUGAAAAUGUGCCCCGCAUGUUGAAGCCCGCUCUCCGCAUGACACCUUCCAGCGCCACGGCCUUUUUCAUAGAUGGGGCAGAUUACCCCGUCCUUCCACUCCUCCGGUAGCUGUUCUGUGUCCCAGAUCCUGUCUAUCAACUCUACAAGUUUUCCCGGACCUCCAUUGAAAAGCUCCGUUACGAGUCCAUUCUUACCAGUUGCUUCCUUAACUUCACCCAUCGUCGGUACAAUAGUAACGUCUGGCAAUGAUACCAGCCGCGAGAUCCGGAGACGCAUUAUCAAUGGGAGUCGUACCUACUAUGGUCUUCACAAACACUUGAGGUCAAACAGACUCAGCAAUCUUGCGUAAUGUUCCCUGUAAAAAAUGCUCAUAAGACCGGUUGUCCUCUGCGAGUAUCGUCGAAAUGUGGACGAUACUCCAUUUUUUAUGGAGGCGAAGUAUGAAUCACGAGCUCACGCAACUCACCGAUGAACCCAAUGUCCAGAAAGUGGUCAAAGCUGGAAGGAUACGCUGGACAGAACAUGUUGCGAGAAUGUCGGACAACUAUCCUGUAAAAAAUGGUGCUCAUCGGGAAUCCGCCAGGUACGAGACGACGAGGAAUGCAACGAGCAAGAUGGUUAGACCAAGUGGAACAGGGCAUAGUGAGCGCGGGGUGCCCGCGGAAUUGGAGAUUACCAUACAAAUGAAACACAAAUUUCUGCAUUACUCGAGAAUUAAUUAAGCAAAUGAAACCAAAUUAGGCAUAUGGAGGUUUAAGGGUGCAAUAAAUGUUUCUAUGGUGGUUAGACACUCCACCCCCUCUCUAAGUGGGAGCUACCAUACAAAUGAAACACAAACUUCUGCAUAGCUCGAGAGCUAAUCAAGCAAAUGAAGCCAAAUUUGGAAUAUGAGGGAUAUCGGUACGAGAAAUGUUUCUAUGACGGUAUGUGAUAACGAAAAAUAAAUUUUGGAUGGGGCGAAGUUGCCGAGUCAGCUAGUAAAUAUAUAAACUAGUCAAAGUUAGUUGUAAUCUUCAAAAGUAUACAACAUGUACAGCAUUGGACAAAAUAUUUCUAACAAAUCAUAUACAAUCAGAACUGCUCACAAAUCACUUUUAAAGAGAAAUACAGGAUGUUUUAAGAGGCAUAGAACAUCAGAUUGAAAUGAAACGUGAUAAAUAGUGUUGAUUACCUUGAAAUUUACCUUUAUUCGAAGGAUAAUAUACAUUACUCAAAUAACAUUAUCUCUCUCAAU